CUCCAUUUCAUUUCACUGAUUUCUUCAUCUUCAUUUAUCCCUUCUCUUUAGUGAAAGCAUGUUUAAAUGUUUCUAAGGGUAAGAGCAAUAGCUUGAUCACUAAAGAAUGGAAGGAAACAUGAAGGAAAGUCUGCUGGAUUUUGCCAGAGACGAAGCCAAGUCAUCUUUGAAGAAGAGAAUAUGGAGUGAGAUGAAAAAGGUCUUGAUUGUAGCUGGCCCAGCUAUACUAACACCAUUUUCAACAUUUGGUGUACAUGUAGUUAGCCAGUCUUUUAUGGGCCACAUUGGCCCCACACACCUUGCUGCUUACGCCCUCGUCUUCACCGUGCUCUUCGGAUUUGUCCUUGGCAUUCAGCUAGGCAUGGUUGGUGGGGUGGGGACUCUAUGUGGGCAAGCAUACGGCGCCAAACAACACGAGAAGCUUGGAAUUUAUCUUCAGCAAUCGUGCAUCAUCUUGCUCGUUGUCUGUGUUCUGGUCACGCCCCUGUUCGUGUUUGCUGCUCCGGUUCUGAGAGCAUUAGGACAGGACCACAACAUUGCGGACGUGGCAGGGGAUGUCGCUCCCUGGUUCAUUGCUGUCGUCUUCUUGUACGGUGCAAUGUACGACUGCAAUGCCUAUCUGCAGUCCCAGAGCAAGAACUUCGUCUUGUCAUGCUAUGCAAUUGUCUCCUUGCUCACGCACGUGCUUCUAUCGUGGCUUCUGGUUGUGAAGUUUGAAUUUGGCGUUUCUGGCGUCAUGUCAUCCACUUGUUUGGCUUUCUUGAUCAUGAAUUUAGGCCAGCUUUUGUAUAUGGUGUCCGGAGGCUGCAAAGAGACGUGGAGAGGCUUCACGGCCUUAGCGUUCAGGGAUCUUGGACCGACGGUCAAGCUUGUAGUGUCGUCUGGUGUGAUGAUCUGCCUUGAAUUUUGUUACAACAUGAUAUUGAUUCUUCUAACCGGGAAGAUGGAGAAUGCAGAGGUGGCGAUUGAUGCUCUUUCGAUCUGUCUCAUCAUCACUGGCUGGACUACGGUGGUGUCCGGAGGCUUCCUAUCUGCAGCAAGUGUGCGCGUCUCAAAUGAGCUGGGGAGGAAGGAUGCCGGAGCUGCAAAGUUCUCUAUCGUGACAACGCUUGUGAUGUCAGUGUCCAUCGGCUUGGUGUUGAUGUUUGUUUUCCUGAUGUUCAAGGAGAAUGUGGCUUACCUGUUCACCAGGAAUGCGCAAGUGGCCGAGGCGUUUGCACGUCUCUCACCUCUUGUUGCUGUCUAUGUACUUUUGAACAGCGUUCAGCCUGUUCUCACAGGUGUUGCGUCUGGAGCUGCGCAACAAGGUAUUGUCGCGUAUGUGAACCUCGGUUCAUAUUACUUGGUAGGGGUACCUCUUGGAGUCCUACUUGGUUAUGUGUUCAAUCUCCAAGUUGAGGGUGUUUGGAGUGGGAUGAUAACUGGGAUUGGUGUCCAAACAACUAUACUUGCUUUCAUGGUUUACACCAUUGAUUGGGAUAAACAGGUGUUCCUUGCUCAAAAACGAAUAAACCCAAGGUUCGUGGGAGACGAAACUACUCACUACUCGUCUAAUAACAACUCUGUAACUGCAGCUUAGACUUCGGUUUGUAGCAACAUGUCGAGUUUGAGUUGUGUGCUAAGAUGUGAAUGCUAAUGACACCCAUAUUCAUUGUAUUAUAGAUCAUUUGGUGACUUCUA